UGGGGCCGCCAUUCGAGAACGCAGCUGGUGAGCCUAGCGUGCGGCGUUAGAGGUGGGAUCGGGAGGGAAAAUGGGCAGCAUGGGAGCCACGCAUGGAGCUAGGGCGGGGAAUGAGAAGAAUGGAGCUGAAGGAUGGAGAGCUGAGUAGGAGGGGAGCUCCCAAACCGAGAUAGGGUUGGAGAAGUCAGAGGCGCGGACUGAGCAUGCGUAGACUCCCGCUACCCCCCGCAGUCGGCCUGACCAUCCGGAACGUGGGCGAACUUCGGAGGAGUGCGACUGAACAUGCGCAGAAGUUUCUCAGUGGGCCUGGCAGUGAGGGCCCAGAUGCGUUUAUAAAAGAGACUGAGCACGCGCAGAAGCUCUGCGGCCAGACUAUCUGCAAUGUGGGCUAUCUCCGGAGGGGGUGAGACUGAGCAUGUGCGGAGGUUCCGCGGCCAGACUGACCAUCUGGAAUAUGGGCGACCACAAAAGCGGGGUGAGAUUGAGCAUGCGUAGAGACUCUGCAGUCUGACUGACCCUCAGGGCAUGAAGUUUUUACAGAAGGUGGGGGGAUGAGCAUGCGCAGAUGGUCUGUAGCCAAACAUCUAGGAUUCGGGGAGGCCGUAGUAGGGGUGAUAGUGAGCAUGCGCAUUACCUUGGCAGCUUCGAGUAAGACAGGGAACUGAGGACGCGGGUGGGGGGCUGAGCGAGCAUGCGCAGAGACUCCGUAUCCGACCACUUCAGGAACGUGGGCGACCAAAGGAGGGGGUAAGAGUGAGCAUGCGCAAAAGUUUCCUAGCCCCAUACCCACAGGAAUGUGGGCGACCAAAGGAGGAGAGAAUGAGCAUGCGCAGAGACUCAGCCCUUAGACCGAGUAGAAGGGUAGGGACUGAGACGGCCGAGGGAGGGGUCGAGGCAGCUCUUGAGCAGAGGUUCGGCUGCUCUGUGUGGGCAGCUCGGGCCUCUCUUACUCCAUCCCGGCCUCUGGCACGUGGACGGUGCUGGCCUAAAUGUCGCUUGAUGCCAGGAGACUCAGAUGAACGCCGGGCUUGUGUGACAGCUCAGGUCGCCCCCGAGCCCUUUCUGGGCACAUAACGCCCCUCACUGCCUUCUCAGGCUCUGCGUCUUCAGAACCCCGGCUCUAUGGGCAGCCUCUGAGCCUUUGGCCAGGCUGUGCCCAGGCGUCCUUCCAGGCUCACUCCGCUCCCGCCCCCCACUGGGGUUUGAAGCAUCAGAUGGGCCCACGGGGGACAGAGCUCUCCUUGGCUCCCUCCCCUGACGUGGAGAAGGUGUGGGAGGAGUCACAGCCCGUGUGGAUGUUCCCACAUGAGUAGGGACUCGGUGCCCCCUUUGACCCUCACAGCGGCCAUGGGGGGAGCCUCUGGUGUGCCGUGACCGGCCCAGGGUCACCCUGCAGGCACCGAUGAGGGCCAAGGGGGGCAUCCCCCAGUCACCUUCUGGCCUCGCCUGGGCAUAGCGCUGUGCCCACACCCUGGCACAGGACAGAGCCCUGGGAGGACCAAGCAGGCCCCAAAGCCCCGCCUCAAGCCCCAGGGAGGGCAUGAGACAGACGCUGUCUGAGAAAUGGGCCCCGGCCAGCCGGGCCCAAGAUGGAGCGAGGGCGCAGGGCUGCAGAGCUGGAGGGCUGUGGGAGGCCCCCCUGGCUGACCCGGGAGCAGUGGGGCAGUGCGGACACCAGCGGAGCCUGGAGGCGGGGAGGUGUGGCUGGGAGAGUGAGGCGGGGCCACAGCGGGAGUCAAUGGAUGCUGGGCAGGAGCCGCCACUCUGGACAGCAGCCAGGAAGCCUGGGAGAGCUGACCAGGAGGGCGGCUCUUAGCCCGCCUGGCCCGAGAGAGGCUGCGGGUAUGCCAGCGCCCUCGCCUACGGGCGCCUCUCGAGAUCCGUCUGUAUCAACGUAGGGGCACGGAAGACAGCCGGAGCGUCCUUCCCCCAACCUCUAGGAAUACAGACGCCUCUGCGACAACGUCCAUAUUUAGACCAGGGUGGACAGGAUUUGUAUGAAGCCAGGUGGGGCAGUGGGUAGAGCCCGGACCGAGUCAGGCGCCUCCUACCCGGGGGCCCUCGAGCUCAGGCAGCACCGGAAGUGAGAAGGCACGGCCACCCCCUCCGCAUCUGCGCCAAGAAAACCCGCCAAACCCUCGGGAUGAGUCGAACCCAACGGAAAUGACGACGGCAGUCGGCGUCCUCUGCAGCCACAUCGGGAUAGUUUCUCUCAACUCCUCGCUCGGCUAUUGGAUCUGGCAGCUAGAGCCGAGACCUACCUCCACAAAGAUGGCGCCGAGGUCCGCAGCAGCGCCCAGGGGCAGCCCAGCGGUGCUUGGCCUCAGGCUGGGCCGCGGGUGCCAGGGCUGUGUCUGAGGGCGGGAGGGAGGGAGGAGGAACCACGCCCAGCUGCAGAUCCCGCGGGAAGUGCCACAUAGUGCUCUCUAUGCACUCACGCGGUCCUUGGAGAUCUCGCUGCAGACCCGUCCAGUGUUUAUAUGGACAGGAAUCCUCAACCUGGAUGGGCUGGAGCCUGGGAGGUCGCCAGGUUUCCUUCUGUCUCGGCUCUCCCCGGCUGAGGUUCUAGGUAGGCCAAAGCCUCCAGUCAGCUCUGCAGUGGAAAGUGAGGCACCACAGGGGCAGCCCUAGAGGGAGGUGUGUGACCCUGGGCUAGUCACCUGACCCUGUUUGCCUGGCCCUUACUGCUCUUCUGUCUUAGAAUUGAUACUAAGACCCAAGGUAAGAGCUUACAAGAAAAGGGGCUCCCCCUGGGAGCAGCCAGGACACGCCCAAGCUGAGUGCCCAGGGCCCAGAAGUCCCCAAACGGGGGGGGGGGGGGGGGGGGGCAGGGAGGGGGCCCUUUACACCCCUCCAGCACUUAGCUGAGUGCCCAGCACACACAGCAUGGGCUCUCCGCAUGUCUGUGAACUGCCUCCGUUCUUGCCAAAGCCAGCCAAGCCCUCAGAGAGACACCUUCCCCAGUAUCGGUUGGGGGUUUCUGGCUGGGCAAGGCCAGUUAAAGCCGCCUGGUACUGUUCGGUUGCUGCUUGUGCCUUUCCUGUCUCCGUCUCCUUUCAGAGGUGAAGGAAGGGAACAACCAUUCCUUAAGCACUGUAUAAAGGGGGUCUUGAUCACCAUUUUACAGAUGAAGAAACGGAGGCAGGCUUGCCUGCAAUCCUAGAGCUGUUAUAUAUCUGAGGUUGAAUUUGAACUCAAAUCUCCCUGCCUCUAGCCUGGUGCUCUAUCAGCUUGUCAGCUGCCUCUAAAAAUAAAAAAUAAAAACAAAAGUACAGACUUCAGAGGCUUACCUAGUACUUUAUCACCUUUGGCAAACAAAUGGAAAAAAUGUCUGAAGCAUUCACUUUGCGCCACCCUUUUUGCCUCAGUUUUUUUCAGCUGUAAAAUGAGAGUAACAGAGCACCCACCUCGUCAGGGUAUUGUAAGGAUCAAAUGGGAGAGAAUAUUUGUGCAGCGUUUAGCAUGGGGGCUGGCACAUAGUAGGUCCUAUAUAACUAAGUGUUGAUCCCCUCCCACCCCCAGGUGAAAGUCUUUCUCUGAUAGGAAACAGAAGCACAAUCUAAUGCCAUUAAGUGCCUGCUCAAGGAUGGAAUGGUUCUGCCUCCCCCUUUUGCCAUUUCCUCUGCCUUCCUCCAACCCUUUUUUCCUUAGCAUCCCUCACUGACUGCAGCUCCCAGCCAGGGUCUGCACGGCUGCCCCCUCAUUUAUAGGACCAGCCACACUUACAGUCUCCCUUUGUUGCUGGUUCUUUCUUCUAUCUUGGAUACGUAUCUCCUUAAAACCAUUUUUUAAAGGAAUAUCUUUGUUUCCAUCGUCUCGUUUCCAAAUAUAUCCCUCCCUAGAAAGGCAUCCCUUAUAAUAAAGAAUUUAAACAAAUGAAAAGGGAGAAACAGCACAAUUCAGUGUCAGCCCACCGUAGCAUAUGCCAUGUUACAUACCCACGGUACCCCACUUCUGUUGUGAUAAAGGAGGAAGGGAGAUUUGGGGCCAAGCUUGGUCGUUGUAGUAAUACGUCUUUCCGUUUUUUUGCUAUUUCCCAUUCUUGUAAUUUUGGUACGUGUUUUAAAAUGACCCCCUUAUCAGAGCGCCCACUGUGUGCCAGGUGAGGCAGGGGCUAGUAUUAUCCCCAUUUGACCAUUGAAUGCCUCUUCUUUUCCUACUUCUGCUGCCUUCAUCUUCCCACACGUCUCUACCCUCCCGGUUAUCUUUCCUUAACUCCCAGGAAUAUUCUGUGCCUUUCGUGCACCUCCAUUGCUCAAGGAGGUAACUCUUUGGCCCUCGUUGGGACCUCACUUUCUGCCCAAAGGGGUCUCUGGGGGAUUGUAGGCACAUUUCAUCUCUAAUUCUAAACUUCUUUCCAGAAUGGUUGAAGAAGUCACAGCUCCUCCGGCAGCCUCUCCAGCUUGGCUCGUGUGGUCUUCCGGCUUCUUGGCCAAUUUGCUAGUUGGGAGAUGAAACUGCAAAAUUGUGUCCUUUUGUGUUUGUCUCACUUGGAGUAAUCUUAGUGCAACAGGUUCAAUACAAGAGAAUAAGAAGCAAACGUCGAUUGAUGCGCCUCCUGUGUGCCAGACCUGGGCAAAAUCCUGGAGAUACAAAUACAAAAGAGCAUCUCUCAAGCUUCUCCUUAUGCUCUAAAGAUAUAACCUCCCCCUUGUUUUGGCACUGGUUUAAAAAGAGAAGAGCACGUGGGAAUAAAUACACUUAUUUAAAUGCAGCAAUGUGAACUCAACUCCAUGUUAGCUGAAGCUGCUGGGAAACCUAGAAAGAACUUUGAGGCAAGUUAGGGUUGGACCUGUGCCUUAUGCCACACUAGUCAAAAUGCAUGCAUGAGCUGAAUAUUGAAGGCCACACCAUAAAAGGUUCAGAGUAGAAUGAAACCAGAACAUUUUUGCAGCUAAAGCCAGGGGGCAUCAUUCUUUACAAGUCAUUGAUAGGAGUCAUCACAAAAGCUAAAAUGGAUGAGUUUGAUGACAUAAAAUUAAAAAACCAAACACUUCUGCAAGAACAAAAUCAAUGCAAGUAGCAUAAGAAGGGGAGUGAUUGAUUGGGAGAACAAAAUCUUUGUGACCAGUAUCUGUCCCUCAGACAUUUCAGAACCACCCAAAAUGCUGGGGAGAAUGUGAUGGAGCGUGAGCAGGAGGUGAGGGGAGCCGCCUCUGGAGCACACCCGGCCCACACCACACUCCUUUUUGAGUGCCUGGAGCCCUCGGGGCAGCACGUGACCCUGCCCUUCCCCAGGACAGGAGCCCAGAGGAAGGAAUGACUUCUGGAUGGCUGCCAGUCAGGCUCCAGCGCCCGCUGACCUUCGGGGACGUGGCCGUGGACUUGUCGCUGGAGGAGUGGAGGCGCCUGAGCCCGGCUCAGCGGGGCCUGUACAGGGAGGUGAUGCUGGAGAACUACGAGAACCUGGUCUCUGUGGCGGCAGGGCUGCCGGUGACCAAACCCGACGUGAUCUCCCAGUUGGAAAGAGGAGAAACUCCAUGGACGCUCGAAGCAGAGCUCCCCAGAGCCAUUUAUCCAGAUUCCCCGCAACAGGAGCCUUGGGAUAGAGCCAAGGACUCCACUGGAACAUGGAGCACUUGCCUGGGACCGUCAGCCAAGGGAAGUAGACCAAAGGAUACCCUCUGGUGUCCCGCGACGGGAGAACGUGGGGUAGAAAACACAGAGGGUGAGGGCGGCCAGGACGUGACAGGCCCUCCCCAGAGCACUUUGAGUGAGGUCAUUUUCCCUAAAAUACCAAAACGACAAAGUGAUCUAUUGGGUUGUUUAAGUGUAAAGAAGGUGAAAACAGAUACAGAAAAUAAGGGUAGGAACGAAAGUCAUCGUGAAGCUCUGAAGCCAACGGAAGCCGCGUUUGAAUCUGUCGAACAACCUAUCGCUGGAGAAAAACCAUCGUGUUCGCCCAAGGAAGACCUCGAUAAUCUUUUGCUUCCAGACUGUUGGAACAAAAAACAAGCGUUUCUGUUUACAGAACAGUACAAAUGGCUUGAAAUAAAAGGAGGUAAAUUAGGGUGUAAAGAUUGUUCCACAGUUCGGCACUUAGGAGUGACAGCAGAAAAGCACGUCCAUGUCUCCAAGGAAUGGAGCGCUUAUUUAAUAACUCCAAAUGGCAGUAAUAAAGUUACAAGGCAGGCUGCUCUGAGAAAAAAAAUUAGGGAACACGAUGUGUCUAAAGCCCAUACGAAAAUUCAGAAUAUAUUAAAAGAAUCCGGUGAUGACUCAAUCUCAAAUAUAGUGCGUAAACUAAAUAAUAAAAAUAUUGAUGCUACUGUAAGAGUCUUCAAAACCGUUUAUGGUUUAGUAAAACGUAAUAGGCCUUUAUCUGAGAUUGAGGGUGCAAUAGAACUACAGGAGAAAAAUGGAAUAGAUAUAGGCAAUUGUUUACGUACGCGAUACAGUGCAACAAGGAUAGCGGAACACAUCGCAAAGGAGAUUAAGAUUAAGCUCUUUAAGAAUAUCGUAGAAGAGAAUGCCAAAAUCUGUAUCAUAAUUGAUGAGGUAUCUACAAUUUCAAAGAAGAGCACCCUAGUGAUUUACCUCCAGUAUGAGGUUCAGUCUUCCCCUGCACCCAUAAUGUUAUUUGUUGCUUUAAAAGAAUUGGUGUCAACCACAGCGGAGUGUGUCUUCAACACCUUGUUGUCUACUUUGGUUGACUGUGGCUUCACUAAUGACUAUUUGAAAGCGAAUUUAAUUGCGUUUUGCUUUGAUGGUGCUAGUAAAAUUCUGGGAAGAAAGUCCGGAGUACCUGAAAAGGUAUUAGAAACCUUUCCUAAAAUCAUCUUUUGGCCCUGUUUAAAUUAUCGGUUGCAAUUAUCACUUGAUGAUUCAAUAUUGGAAAUAAAACAAGUUAAUCAUUUAAAAAAUUUUCUGGACAAAAUGUGUUCUAUUUAUCACCAAUCAAAUAAAAAUCAAACUGAGCUGAAAACUGUGGCUAAAGAACUUGAAAUGGAAAUAAUGAAAAUUGGUCAAGUCCUGGGCCCGGGAUGGGCAGCAUGCAACUUGGGAGCUGCUACUGCUCUUUGGCGUGUGUAUCCUACAUUAUAUACACAUUUUUCCCAAUCUUCUUCCUAUUCUGGUUUGGUGAAGAGAUUGGCUAACAUUAAUUUCUUGCAAGACCUUGCUUUAAUGAUUGACAUUCUUGAAGAGCUUUCAUUUCUUUCAACUGCAAUGCGUUUGCCGUCGAGAUCGACUAACAUUCAGAAAGCGCAAAACUUGAUCAAAUGCACCAUCAAAGCUUUAGAAAGAUUAAAGACUGUCCCCGGAAAGCAUGAAUCUCAGGUUGAAGAUUUGAUGAAGUCAGAUAAGUUUAAAGGCAUUCCAUUUAACAAGAACAAUACACUCAAUCCUCUUCCUAGGAGUACGUUACUGGAAAAUAUAAUUCAACACAUGAAUUCAUGCCUCUUACCGGAUGAUGAGAACAUUUUUCAUUAUUUUGAUUUAUUAGAGCCAUCUACUUGGUCUUUUGAACAAGUAACUUCACCAUGGAGAGCUGCUGAAAAAAAAUUACAUCACUUAAGUGAAAUUUUAAAGUACGAAAUUGAUUUGAAUGAUUUUCGUGAUUUUGUAGAUAAUAAUGUCGAAUCAAACAAUGUUCCAAUACCUUCAACUAUACAGAAAGCUAAAAAGAUCAUUAGCAUCAUUGCCAUCGAUACAUCUGAAGCUGAGAGAGGUUUUGGUUUAAUGAAUAUAAUUUGUACGAGGGUGAGAAAUAGUUUAACAGUAAAUCAUGUAUCCGAUUUAAUGACAAUUAAUUUAUUGGGAAAAGAAUUAGCCGAUUGGGAUGCAACUCCGUUUGUCAAGUCAUGGUUAAAUUGCAACCACAGGCUGGCUACAGAUACAAGAGUUCGGCAGAAGUCAACGAGAACAUUCUGUAAGAAUCCAUUGGCUCUCUGGAGUUGACGAAUAGAGAAUAUAUUUCAUUAUGGAUUGUAAAUUGUGUGCUCUGCAUCCUUUGUGUCAGUAAAAAUUGUAACUGUAUAUAUUCACUUAACCCUGUUUGCCUCAGUUUCCUCAUUGGUAAAAUGGACUGGAGAAGGAAAUGGUGAACCACUCCAGUAUCUUUGCCAAGAAAAUCCCAAAUAAGCCCCAAAGAGUUGGAUGUGAUGAGGAUGAACCCAUUGAGAAAAGAAAGUGAUGUAAUAAUAAAAUAUAGAAAUGACAUUGAAUAAAGACCUAUCGCCCCUAAUUACAGAAUUGAAAUGGUUUAAGCAACAUGUCCCGGAAGCAACUGAACAGAGUCAACGAGGGUUCAACAAACCAAAGGCUGGAACUAUUGAGGGAAGAACACUUUCUUCAUGAGAGCUGCUGGGCAACAGUCAGAAAUUAGAUUGGGAGCGUUGUUUCCUGUCAUGGAAUGUUAAUGGCCUCCCAUUGAUCCUGUCUAUAUUUGGUUUAGUUGUAGUCGUUAUUUACAUGUUUCCUCUCCCGUUAGACUGGAGGCUCCUGGAUGUCAAGACCUUUUUUCUUCUUCUGGCAUCUCUCUGUAUUCCUAGUGCUCAGAACACUGUACCUGAUGCACUUAUCCAGGCCUGUUGACUAACUGUGACGAGUCCUUGAUUGGUUUGGAGGAAGAGAAAUUGGGUCAUGUUUCACUGUCGGCAUAUCCAGAUUUGCUCAGGGUCCCUGUAGGUCUUGCAUAAACAGCUGAAGAGAUCAGAACCCAGCAUUCUGUGUAAGCCAAGCCCCCGAGAAUGAACUCUCCUUGGCCAGAAGGCAACAUUGUAGAGCUCAGAGGUUUGGAGUAGUUUGGCUUCUCAUCGGCAUCCUAGCCGUGUCCCCAAAGGAGGGUCCACUGGCAGAAUCUGCAUCCGGACCCCGGACAAAAUGGAAUCCCUGAGGAAGAGCAGAUCGAGACUCAGCGAGGAGCUGUUUCUGGAGGGCCCAGGAAGGGGAGGAAAGGACUCCAGCAAAAAGGGCUUCAGGAGCUACAAAUGACUCGUUUUGUCCCACGAGCUCUGAACUCUGUGAGAGAGUGUCACAGGCUCAUGGAGAGGCCAUGUACCAACUAUGGCUCCACUAAAUUUUUGUCUCUAAAUGUGGCCCUCAGAAGAUCCAGAGCCCCUUCGUGACUGAUAAUGGAGGCUUGCAAGACGAGUGGCUCACUCAUUCUACCAGAGCUUGGCACAGGGGGCUAUUGGAAGGGUGAGCCAAGAGCUUAUGGGCUACAGGAGGAAAGGGUGUGGGGAGGGAGGCCAGCUCGCCCUGUGUUUGACAGCUGUUUCAUUCCCAGCUGAGUAAAACUAUUUUAUCUA